CACGGUCACACCAGAUAUUGGUAUAUUGAGUGUUAAUGAUAGUAUGCAGGUAACUGUGGAAUUUAAACCAAAUAAAACAGGAGAUCAUAAAACAGAUUUAAUACUUCAUCUUGAUACAGGUGAAGAUUUAUUUAUACAGUUAUAUGGUGCAGCACAAGAUAGUAAUGUCAGAUUAGAUAAAAACUCAAUAAGAAUAGAAAGUACUUAUAUUACUAUGGCUAAUCAAAGAACGGUCACUAUUCACAAUCGAUCAGAUGUUAUAACUCAUUUUAGAUGGACACAGUUUGCUACACAUGAAGAAGAGGAACAGGAAAAACUUAUGCAACAGAUUGAUUUGGAACGGGCUGAAAGAAAUGACACUGAUAGAUUUAUAGAUGAUUGUAUAACAGAUCCAACAUUACGAGAUAAACUCUCAAUAUUAGAAAGAUCAUUUCUUAAUAGAAAAAGGCUAGUUCAGUCUGAUAAUAUGAUGUUUAAUGACGAUGUUGUGAAGAUUGAACCAGUGGAGGGAGAUAUAUGGCCGAACUCCUCCUUUAACGUUAAUGUAGUGUUUAAACCAAACGAAGCUAAAAGUUAUACUCGAACAGCAUAUUGUGACAUAACAGGUCGUGAGAGUCGCCUCCCAUUGAGAAUCAAAGGUGAAGGAGCCGGUCCACGUCUACAGUUUUCUGUUGAAACGCUCGAUAUGGGGAACAUUUUCAUCGGUUCCGUUCAUUCCUAUGAAAUAGUUUUAGCCAACAAAGGAGACAUUGAUGCUAUUUAUAGUGUUUUGCAAAGCCCGUUUAAAUUUGGCCAGUGUUUUCAGUUUGAUCCCGCUGAAGGUAUCGUUAUGCCUGGUGGUCAUCAGGCUAUCAGAGUUACGUUUUGUUGUCAUCAUUUGGGAGAUUUUUCAGAAGAGUUUGCCUUCCAGAUUGAUGGUUCACCAGACCAAUUAAAAGUUCUGUUUAAGGGAUCAGUAAUAGGACCAACUUUUCAGUUCAAUGUACCCAGAUUAAAGUUUGGAACGGUGUCUUAUGGUUUCUUACACAAGGAAUCAUGUACUAUGCUAAACACAGCCUUGGUACCGAUGACAUACCAUCUGAGAGUUCCUGGAGACGGUACUAGUGAAAGUAUAUGUAGCACCAGCGAAGAUGAUACUGGUGAUAGUAAUCGUAGUGAUACGCUAUCAGUGAGCACCGAUCCACCAAAAGAAUUUGAAAUAAUACCAGCUGACGGAACGAUUCCACCUCAGAGCGAGAUAAAGAUCACAGUUAACCUUAUAUCUAAUACUAUCAAGAAGUAUGAUUUGUUUAUGGUCGUCGAUGUCGAAGGAGUUGGAGAUCAGAUCCUUUCUCUGCCCAUUUCAGCCAAGUGUAUUGUUCCACAGAUAACAGUUUUAAGUCCAAUCUUAGAUUAUGGCCGAUGUUUCCUACGUUAUCCAUAUGAACAUAUGGCAAAACUACAUAAUGAUACAGAUCUACCAGCUAAAUAUGAAGUUAUUCCUCAAAAUGUUGAAGAAGAUGAUUUAACAGCAAUCUGCUAUUCUAGUCCAAUACCACGGGGAAUUAUAGCACCAAGAAGUAUGUGUGGUGUUCCUAUUAUUAUAGCACCUCAAGCUUUAGAAGAACAGAUUGUUACUGCUUUUAUCAAUAUAUUUGGAAGUUCUGAUAUGCCCAUGCCAGUACAGUUAACAUGUGUUGGAGAAGGACCAGUUGUACAUGUUAAACCAGAUAUUGUUGACUGGGGUAUAAUACCCGUUUUAAAACCUUGUGAACGAACUAUCAUGUUAUCUAACGAAUCGUUAAUUCCUGCUAACUUUACAGCUUAUAUGUCACGUUCAAGAUCUGUAUUUUAUGUUGAUCCAGUCGAUGGUAUUAUCCCCCCUGAAUCCCAGUUUGAGGUUAAAAUUACAGCUUACCUUGAUGACAGUGUGCGAUUUCAGGACAGAUUACAUAUUAACUUCAUUGAGAGCGGAACACAACAGAUAACAUUGCUGGCAUACGGUCAGGGUACAACGAUUGAAUCAGAUCCACCAUUAUCUGACAUACUCGAUCUGGGACCAAAUUUCAGUAACAGAACUCUUAAACAGACAUUUAAACUUACUAAUCAGGGAAGACGACAUCAGCAGUUAGUAUGGAGUACUCAAGGUUUUGGAACAAUGGGCAAAGCUAAAAGAGAAUUGGCUGCUUAUAAUCCACUGGAUAUGAAAUUCAGGGAUCGGCCGCCACCAAUGGAACCACCAAGACCUAUUUUUAAACUUAUACCAACCAGAAUGGAUUUAUCACCUGGUGAAAGUGCAGAAAUGACCCUCGAAGGUUUUGUGGCAUUACCACAGUGUGUAAAAGAAAGAUUAUUAUGUCAUGGUAUAUUAGGAAGACAAGGUGGUAAAGAAUUAAUCAUGAAAGUUGAUGUUAUAUCAGAUUUUAUCAGUCCGUUGUUAGAAUUUUCUACUAAAAGUGUCUUCUUUAGAGUAGAUAAGCUACCAAAAGAUGAGUUAUGUAUUCAGUGUGAGGAAUUGGUAGUUAGUAAUGUAUCAACACUACCAUUGUCAACAGAAUUAACACUUCAAUAUCCAUUCCAAAUAUUACUAGAUGACGGUACCUCGGUCUUAAAAACAGAGGUACAUUUGCAAGUUGGUGAAAUAUAUAAUCUAAAGAUACAGUUUGAUCCAUCGUAUAAAACAGAUCAACAUAUUCGAACUAUUGAUGAAGUGUUACAUAUAACUUACAAAGAACAUCCACAUAAGGAUUAUAUUGCCCUAAGAGGAGAAGUCUACUUCCCUAACAUCGAGUUCGAGAAAUCUGUUGUGGAUUUUGGAUGUAUCUUGAAUGAUACGGAAGUAACAAGAUAUGUUAAUAUUAGUAACAAUAGUCCCAUGGAAGUCAAAUAUAAGUGGUCAUUCUUGAUUGAAAAUGAACCAAUGGUAUUAUAUCAUCCUAAACCAGCUAGUUCACCAGUAGUAGUAUUAGAGGAGACAGAAGUUUCACAAGAUGCUGGUCAAGUUGUAGAAGUUAUUAUACAAGGUGAAUCUGAUGGUGAAGAUUUAGCUGAAGAGGAGAUGGAUGUGAUAUUGGCGGAAGAGAAAGAAGAUGUUAAAGAUGGAGAUGAUAAUCGAGAUAUAGAUGGAGCUAGUGUAGCAUCGGAUGAAAUUAAUCAUACUGAAAAGGCCAAGUUAGAAGAAGAAGGAGAAAAAGAAAAGAAAGAAUAUGAGAGAUUAAAUCUGGGUAGCCGUCUGUCAUUACGAGAUGAUGAAGAAGCUGCGUUAAAAUCAAACCGAGCGUUGUCAGCGUUAUUAGAACACGUUCCAGAAACACAAACUCCACUCAGCGUAGAAGAGAUUUUUGACAUUCUACCUUUAUAUGGAACACUUCAACCUGGAGAUACAGAGCAGAUAACCUUGACAUUUUAUGGACAUGCUGACAUUUGGGGUCAAGUGAAAGCUCUAUGUGAAGUGGAAGGGGGACCUACAUAUGAACUAAUUCUAACGGGAGAAGCUUCUUUAGUAGAAUACGAGUUUGAUACGAAAGAUAUUGACUACGGGAAACAGAUGUAUGAUCAGUUAGCAUCGUCGGAAAUAACUUUAUUAAAUACUGGUAAAGUUGGUUUCACCUUCACAGGUCUGAACAUGGAUCCUGCUCUGGCCAAAAAUCCAAUACCAGGACAACCAAUCAUGAUUCCACACUCAGGUUAUAUUGAACCACAUUCAGAACAAAAAGUCACUGUGAAAUUUCUGCCCGAUGUACCGGAAAAAUUCCACAAGAGUUUCAGCAUUCAGGUGGCUCACUUCGAACCAGACACCAUUAAUCUGUAUGGUGAAGGAGUUUUCCCCAGAAUUUCCUUGGAUUUACCUAGAAAUACGACAGAUGGCGGUUACUAUGAAUCGGUGAUGAAGGAAGCCAAAGUCAACUUAACGAAAGAUGUUGCGAAACUAUCAUCUGAUCAGCAGUUGACCAAUCAGCCGUCGGUUAGAAAUUCACUGCGAAUGGUCGGACAGCAUAUUCAGCAUGAGUCGGCCCCAUCAGAGCUUGAAUUACAGAUGGAGAUUGAACGCCUGGCUGUAAGAGAUCAUGCACUAGAAACAGGCUACCAACCAAUCAGAGCUUUUGAUUCACCACCAAAUAGUGCUGGAAGUAAAGAUACCCGAUCACUGACAGCAAGUAGACAACGGAAGAAGUCUAAGGCCAGAGCCAAACUACCAGAAUAUUUAUUAGAUCUUGGUUACGUUGUGCUGGGUACUGUUAAAACUCAUGUUGUACGGGCUACAAAUACAGGCUGGUUUCCAGCGUCAUUUCAAGUAGAGAGAGAAAAUCUGCAUAAUCUGGGUUUCCAUGUGGAAUUAGAUCGUGUACGAAAUCUACCAGGAGCACCAGAUCAUGAAACCGUGGACUUUAUGGUGAAGUUUGAUCCUCGAGGUGCUAAUUUACAGCUAGGACCCGUAGAAACAACAGUUCCCAUUAAUAUAAUCAAUGGACCACAAGUUAUUGUUCGACUUAAGGCUAAUGUAACCAUGCCAGAUAUGGAAAUAUCAGACGAUAUCCUAGAGUUUGAAAACGUUAAUUGUGGAGAAAGUAAAGUGAUAACAGUCCAACUACAUAAUUAUCAACAUGUCCGCUGUGAAUGGAGCACAUUACAAACUGAAAAAGAAAGAAAACAGGCUGACAAACGAAUUCCAAUGCAUUUAAGGCGCAAGAUGCGACACGAGAAGAAAAAGUGCCAACAUUUUGAAAUGAUGCCACCAGAAGGUUAUCUAAUGCCAGGCCAGAGAAUGAAUGUUCAAGUUAAAUUUAUGCCAACCGAAGAGAAAUACUAUGAGCAUCGUAUACCAAUCCGAAUUGGACAAAGCAGUCAGAGAAUUUUAUUACUCUGUCGUGGUCAAGGUUUGGAACCACGGCUUGAAUUUGAUCGUAACUUAGUUCAGUUUGGACCUAUUUUACCUCACAGUAGUGGAGAUGAGCAAGAGAUUAUAGUUCGUAAUCCAUGUAGCUUCCCGAUAGAAGUUUAUAAUCUAGAGUUUGAUAAUACAUAUUUAGAAGAAGAAAAGGUAUUGAGGUUAAUGAAAGGUUAUGAUGAAUAUAAUACAAUAUUAUUACCACCACGUCCGACUGGUGAUAAAUUACCACCAGAAUUAUUACAAUAUUACGAUGACCAGAUGAAACGUCUCGAGGAAGAAGAAAAACAAAGACAAGAGGUAGAGGAUGCAGCCGAGGCAGCUCGUCAAGAACAAGCUGAAAAAGAUAAAGAAGGAGGUGAAGAAACGGUUGAGAGUGAAGUAACAGUAGAAAUAUCACCAGUAACAACUACUACAGUACCAUCCCGUGAUGAUAUACCUAAACAUCCAGUAGUACCACAACCACCACCACAACAACAACAACAAGACGAUCUAUCAGUACAAGCUGGAGCUAGUAGUACUAGUGUUGGUGAAUUGGAGAUAACACCCGUGUCUGCUGCUAUUGCCCGCCAUCUUGGUAUAGAUUUAACACCAGAAGGUAAAGCUGCACGUAAUCGACGAGGAAUAGCUAUUAUUGUACAUGGUGCACCUAUGGCUGGUAAAACCAGCACAGCUGUUACUUUAGCUAAACAUUAUGAAGCCUCCAUCCUAACUGUCGAUGGUGUGGUGCUAGAUGCUAUCUCCAAUGGCAACACGUCUGCUGGUAGACAAGCUAGAGAAUUAUGUGCAGAAGCAGCUAGAAAAAAAGCUGAAGAACAGAGAGGAAGUGAACAGGAAGAAGCUGAGAAGAGAAGUGGUGCUGGUGGACUUAGUGUUGAAGCAGUAGCUGCUCAUACUCAAGGUACUGCUGUGGUAACUGGUGGUGGUGGUCAAGUUGGUAUUGCACCAUCAAUGAUAUCUAAUAGAAAGACAAGUACUAUAUCUGAAGUUAAAGGUAAACAUCAUCCUACUAGUAUGGCUGGUACUAAAACAGGAGUUAAUACAUCAUCAGUUGACGGUGCUACAGGUAGUCAGGUACCUAGUAGCCCACCACCUCUAGCAGCACCUAUAUCUAGAAGAUUAAGUGUUAGCGCUAGUAUCGCAGGUGAAGAAGGGUUAAUGAGCUGUGUUCUACCUGAAGAAUUACUUACAGAAAUAAUAGCUGAAAGACUACAAUUAAAUGAUUGUCAUAGAGGUGUUGUAUUUGAUGGAUUAGAAUCACUCUUCUCCCAGAACUUUUUAUCUACAGCUAAUGCUAUAUUAAAAGCUUUAAACAAUCGACGAUUUAUAUUCUUCCUCACACUCAAGUUGGAUUAUACUGUCCUUAAAGAACAGGAACGAAAGGAAGAUGAGGAAAAAGCUCGUCUAGCGAAAUUACACGAAGAACAAGAAAGACAGAGAUUAGAAGAAAUGUCCGAAGAAGAAUAUGAUGCUCUGCCAGAAGAAGAAAAAGCUGUCGUAGAUCAAAAGAGACUUGAAGUUAAAAAAGAAAGAAUUAAAAAAGAACAAGAAGAGAAGGAAAGAGAAAGAAAGUUGAAAGAAGCUGAAGAUGAAGAAAGAAAACGUCUCGAGGAAGAAGCUAAUAAAAACAAGAAAGGUAAAAAGGGCAAACAAGCAGACAAUAAAGACAAAGAUAAGAAGGGUCAAGCUGGCGGUCGUACAGGUGCUACAACCAGUACGGAUAGAGUUGGUCAGAAAUCACAAAUGGGACCAAAACAACACGACAGUGAACAUACCGCCAGUAAGACUGGUUCUAAUAUGGAACGACCAGAAUCUCAUCAAACAGAAAAAAGUGAUUCUAAUCUCGAUGAAAACAAAAAGAAGAAGUUGGGUAAAGAUGGUAAGAAAGUUGAUGGUAAAGAAAAGACUGAUCGAGAGAAAAGUAAAGAUGGCGAUAUGAGUUGUAGUUCAGAAGAUCAUGUAAAAGAACAGGCUAAAGAAGGAGAACUGAUCUUAAUGCAGAGGUUCCGUAGUUUUGAACACGGUCAAAAAGAAUUGGCUGAGCUACUUGAUAAUUGGGAUCGUACCACGUUACAAACUAAACGACCACCAACACCAUCUGAAAAAUCAGAUGAAGAUGGUGCUCAACAUCCUCCUUCUGGUAAAAAAGGAAAGGGCAAAGAUAAACAUGAGAAAGAGAAGGAAAAGGAAAGAGAGAAAGAAAGACAGAAACAGUUGGAGAAAGAAGCAGCUGAAAAAGCAGCAAAAGAGGCAGCACUAGCAGCUGGGGAAAUAGUUGAAGGUAAAGAUGGUGAAACUACAGAUGGUGAUAAUUCUGAACAUAAACCAGAAGACGGAAUCGGAGUGACACAUAUUAUUAUUGAUUGUGCUGAUAAACAGACACACCCGGGAGAUAAAGCUCUAGCUGUCGGAAAACUACCCAGUCUCGAAGAGGUUUUAGAUGGAUUAGGACUAGGACCACAUGGUCCUCCGAUUCCACCAGCAGCAGCAUUCAGUGUUGUACCAUAUCCAGUUAAACGUAAAGCUCCUCCUGUAGCUGAGUUUGGUGGACAAUUUGUCUUUGUAGCUUCUUCUGUUGAUGAUCCCAAUGUUGGAAUAGAAGAAAAACCUAAAGAAGCUGAACUUGAAGAAGAGAAAUCAGUUACACCUGAUAAAGGUGAACAUACCACACCUACCAAAGGUAAAGCUAAAUCAGAUAAACAGAAAAUUGCAUCUGAAAGUAAGAAAGAAAGAAAGAGUAGUGCUGAUAAGAAGAAAGUAUCUAGGCGUGGUUCGUUACAGGUAGCUUCUCCACCUCCAGGUGGGGCAACUCCAUAUUCAGAUGUUGAUGGUCAAAGCUGGACAACAGAGGCUUUAGCCCUCGAUGAACCUAAAAUACCGAAAUUGACUAUUUUCCGAUGGAUUGUACCAGCAAAUGGAGAAAUUGUCCUCAAACUGAGAUUCCAGUCCGAAGAACUGGGACAGUUUGAUCAGACACUGAAUUUUGAGAUAGUUGGAACGAGACGAAGAUAUCAGUUAUUUUGUCGAGGUGUUUGUGCUUUUCCAACAAUAAGCAGAGAACCAAGGAUUGUAUUCGAACAAAGAAAGAAGAGCAAGAAAGCUGAUGAAAUUGUAAACAAGAAAUAUAUAUUGAUGACAGAAAUAUUUGAAUUUGGACCACUCCUUGUUGGUAAAAGCCGAGAUAAAUACAAAGAAGGAAAAUACCCAGAAAACAUGUCAACGUUAACUAUACUGAAUACGUCACCACUGGAGGCUGAUAUUAGUUUCUGUUAUCUCAACGAUAGUAAAGGGGAAACAUAUUUACUGGAGCCGCCAACGAUGGUGUUAAAACCAGGGAAAUCCGCGCCACUGACCAUCUGGGCUUAUCCUAAAGUACCUGGUCGUUAUGAAGACGCUAUAGUUUGUUGUGUCCGAGAAAAUCCGGAACCUAUUGUGUUUAAAGUAAGCUGUGAUGGAUUCCGACCAGAAUUGGAAUUGGAUAAGAGACAACUUCAUUUUGAUAAAGUUUUAUUACAUAGAAAAGAUACAAAGACAAUAUACUUAAGAAACAGUACAAUGUUACCCGUAGCGUGGAAGUUGAGUGGAUUAGAGAAUCUAGGAGAUGAUUUUAGUGUAGCUGCUGAUUGUGGUGUAGUUGAUCCUAAAUCAGAAUAUCCUCUCCAUGCUUACUUCCGUGCAUUAAAACCUGUACAAACUAGUAAAAAGAUGAUACGACUUGAGAUAUCUGAUAGAGAUAAUAUAAUAUUUUAUUUAUAUUCUACAUAG